CUGCGCUCCUCCAGGCUGCUUUGUCUCCGGCCGCGCUCGGCACCAUCUGUCUCCCCGCUGCGUCUCCGGAGACUUCUCUAAGGUGGCCGAGUGCCUGAAUCAUCCGCGCCCUCCUCCAGCAUCUUCACACACAGGAAGAAGAAGCGGGAAGGAUAAAAGAUUGCUGGGACAACCAGGAAGCUCCAGCACUUUCUACGUGUAGCAAUGCCAAUAUCUUUCGAAGGAUAAAUGCCAUACUGGAUAACUCUCUGGACUUCAGCAGAGUCUGCACCACACCCGUAAAUCGAGGACCCCAUGAUCACUUGCCAGACUUCCAGGACGCUGAAGAAACAGCUACAAGCAGGAUGCUUUUCCCCACCUCUGCGCAAGACCCCUCCCACGGCCCCCCAGAUGCAGACGGCUUGUGCCUGGGCCUGCACUCGCUCAGCCUCGCGGGCUGGGACCGACCCUGGAGCACCCAGGACAGCGACUCCCCAGCCCAGAGCAGCACACCCUCGGUACUGAGCAUGCUCCACACCCCUCUGGGCAGCGUCCUGGGGAAGCCCCCCUUGAGCUUCCUGCCCCUGGACCCCCUGGGAUCAGACCUGGACAAGUUCCCAGUGCCGUCAGCUCGAGGGGCCCGCCUGGACACCCGGCCCAUCCUGGACUCGCGCUCCAGCAGCCCCUCCGACUCCGACACCAGUGGCUUCAGCUCCGGAUCAGACCACCUCUCGGAUUUGAUCUCAAGCCUCCGAAUUUCCCCUCCUCUGCCUUUCCUAUCUCUGGCCGGGGGUGGUCCCAGAGACCCCUUAAAGAUGGGGGUUGGGUCUCGGAUGGACCAAGAGCAAGCUGCUCUCGCUGCGGUCACCCCCCCCCCACCCAGUGCAUCAAAGAGCUGGCCGGGAGCACCCGUGUGGCCGUCCUGGGACCCCCUGGAAGCUCCCAAGGACCCCUUCAGCAUAGAGAGAGAGGCGCGGCUGCACCGGCAGGCUGCGGCUGUGAACGAGGCCACCUGCACCUGGAGCGGCCAACUUCCUCCCCGGAGCUACAAGAGCCCCGUCUACUCCUGCAAGGUGUUCCUGGGCGGCGUGCCCUGGGACAUCACAGAAGCUGGCCUGGUUAACACCUUCCGUGUUUUUGGCUCUUUGAGUGUGGAGUGGCCUGGUAAGGAUGGCAAGCACCCCCGGUGCCCUCCCAAAGGCUACGUGUACCUGGUCUUCGAGCUCGAGAAGUCCGUGCGGGCCCUGCUGGAGGCGUGCUCCCGCGACCCGCUGAGCCCCGGCGGCCUGAGCGAGCACUACUUCAAGAUGUCCAGCCGCAGGAUGCGCUGCAAGGAGGUGCAAGUGAUCCCCUGGGUCUUGGCUGACAGCAACUUUGUCCGAAGCCCAUCUCAGAGGCUGGACCCCAGCAGGACGGUGUUUGUGGGUGCGCUGCACGGGAUGCUCAACGCCGAGGCCCUGGCGGCCAUCCUGAACGACCUCUUCGGGGGCGUGGUGUACGCCGGCAUCGAUACAGAUAAGCACAAGUACCCCAUCGGCUCUGGCCGCGUGACCUUCAAUAACCAGCGUAGUUACUUGAAAGCCGUCAGCGCGGCCUUUGUGGAGAUCAAAACCACCAAGUUCACCAAGAAGGUCCAGAUCGACCCCUACCUGGAGGACUCCCUGUGUCAUAUCUGCAGCUCUCAGCCUGGCCCUUUCUUCUGUCGCGAUCAGGUGUGCUUCAAGUACUUCUGCCGGAGCUGCUGGCACUGGCGGCACAGCGUGGAGGGUCUGCGCCACCACAGCCCCCUGAUGCGGAACCAGAAGAGCCGAGACUCCAGCUAGAGGGCGGCCGCCCCGCCCCGCCCCGCCCCGCGCAGGACGCCCAGGCUGGCCGGUGGGGCGCAGGCCGGCCCGGGCCAGCAGGGGGCCGCGCCGUGACAUUUGCACCCGCUGACCUGUCUUUCUUUCUGCACUGAUUAACGCACAAUGAGUUUUGUCGGGUUUUGUUGUCGGGGUGAGCGGGGCGCGGACCCCCGCUCGCCUCCAAGCGACUCUGUAGUACUCCCAGAUUUUAGUUCCUCAUUUUGCCGAUGAAAAGCAAAAAAGAACUACGUGUCCGGAAGUGCCGACCGCACGCCUGCCCAGCCCGUCAGCGCUUCCCCGUCCCUCCCGCACCGCUGCGGCGCCGCGCAGGCCGCAGCCCGGCCGGGCCGUACAGUGCCUUCCUGGCUGGCCGCCGGGCGGCACGCGCCGGGCGCUCAGCUGGUGUUUUUACUGCGGACAGCACGGAGCCUCUGCUCUCAUUUAGACCAAAUCACAUUUCAUAUUUUACGCUCGAGGGUUUUUACCGGUUCCUUUUUACACUCCUUACGACAGUUUUUAAGUAGUUUGGAACAGAUUUUUUUUCUUUCCUGGCAGCUUUUAACAUUAUAGCAACUUUGUGUCUGGGGCUGCUGGUCACUGUUUCACAGUUGCAAAUGGGGCGUUUGCAACCAAGGAAAUAAAAUUUUUUUUGGAUUUGAAACUGGCCCCCGGGGUGUGCGCAGCUGCUGUACAUAGUUUUAAAUGGUUUACUGCACCUUCGUCAGGGGCGCUGACGGGGGGCUGCUGGGCGUUUUCCCCGGUCACGGGGCUCUGGCUUUCUGGCGGAGCUAAAGGGCUGCUUUCCGGCGGGGCAGGGGCGUGGGCGCCGCCACGCCGGCCGGCGCUGCGAUGCUACUGGAAUCUGAAAACUUGACUUUUCCUUUCUUUUUCUUUUUUAAAAAAACAAUCGACUCGCCCUCCUUGGGAAGCUGUGUGCCAAAGAACCAGCGUCAUGCCCCCGCUGAGCUGACCUUGCGUCUCGCAUUCCCCAGCUACUCGUGGGUCUCGUGAAGCGUGUGAAGUCUCUACCUCACUGUAGUGCAGCAGGCGCCACGGCGCGGCGCGGCCGUGUAGUUUUCUUGGCACAUAAUAAACACGUUGCAGCAGA